AUGGCUGAAGUACCUGCGGAAUGAGUUUCCUACGGUGGCGUUCAAGGCAUCUACACAGCAGCAGAAUAAUAACCUGCAACAAAGCAGAGUACCGGUCACCCAAGCAUCGGAGGACCUGCUUAUCUCAGGCGCCUGCAUAGGAGCUGAUUGUCUUAUGAAACUUCUUGGAAACUACUGCAGAAAUCAGGACAUCAAGACGUCCAUAACCGUCAGGGUUGUAGGUUUUCCUAAUGGGGGAAAGAGCAGUUUAAUUAACAGCCUGAAGAGGGCGCGAGCGUGCAGUGUUGGAGCAACGCCCGGAGUCACCAAAUGCCUGCAAGAGGUUCACCUAGACAAGCACAUCAAACUUCUGGACUGCCCGGGUAUCGUCAUGGCGACGUCUACAUCCGAUGCCGCCAUGAUUUUGCGGAACUGUGUGAAAAUUGAGCAGUUGAUUGACCCAGUAGGACCGGUGGAGGCCAUCCUGAGACGCUGCAAUAAAGAUCAGUAUAGUCAGAGGAGUGAUGUCUCUAGAUGGAGGCCGGGGGGCGCCAGUCACAACCAGGGGGAUUGA